AUGUCACCUACCAAUGUCUACCAACUACUGUCACCAACUGUAGUCUACCAACUAUUGUCACCAACUGUAGUCUACCAACUACUAUACAACGAAUCUGGACGUGGGGCUAAGAGGUCUAGCAUGAUCAAUCCAACGGGUUGGGCCUUGAACAUGCGGGCCGUGACAUCAGGCACCUUUGCUGGUUAUAUAUAUACUAAAACUGAUCCCAGAAUCACUGUUCCUAGACUGUAG